AUGGAGCAGACCAAACCCAUAACCGACCCUGUCGACAAGGAGCCGCUCUGUCAGCGAAACGGCCUCAUACAAGAGCUCAAGUCGCCUGGCGCUCAGUCCAAUACCAGGCUCAAAAGCCAUCUUCGUGAUACUUUUGGCAAUCUGCGGUCGAUAUACAACGUCUUCAUUCCGGCUGAAUUUGAUCUGGCCAGGGAGCGGUGGAUCAAUAUCCGUGCAGUAGUUGAGUGGUUCAACUCCGUGCCCGAGGCCAGCAUUGAUCUCGGCCAAGCCGUCAUUGGAGGCAUCGUUGCGACCCUUGACGACAUCAAGAAUGGCAGACAAAGCAUGGACGAAACCGAUGUGGUUGUGCUGUUGAUUAUUCUUUCGAAUCCGAUGAUGAUGGAUCCCGACUACUCUGAUAUGAUAAUGCCAAAGCUUUGCACCGUCCUGGGCUCGUCCUCACAAAGUCACCGCCUGCUCUUUGGCAAGAUUGUGUCCAACUCAGUCACAAGAAGCUUCAGUAGCCGCGAGGAGGCCGCCCAGGCAUUUCUGCAGAUCGUUGGCUACUUCCAGCAGACAAUCUCAAAGCGGAUCGCCAUCUUGCGCGAGCUUGAUCUUGUGCCAAGCAGCCGCGACGAUGUCGUUGUUGCGGCCAUCCGGAGCAUGGAGCUGCUCUACUGUGUCAACGAAGUGAACGGAUUUGUUCCAUAUUACGAGUUCUACAACCCCAGCGUUGAGGACAAGAUCGAGCUCAAGGAUGACUACCGAGCAUGGAAAGAGAAGGACGGUUUUUCGCUGUUUCAGUAUCCGUUCUUGCUGAGUACCUCGACAAAGUCCGAGAUUCUCAAAAUCGAAUCCCUCGUGUCGAUGAGACGGGAGCUCCAGGAUGCCUUCUUUAGGGCGCUGUUCAUUGGCGUAAACAGCCCAUAUUUGCAGCUCGAUAUACGCCGAGAACAUAUUUUACGCGACGCCAUGUACCAGCUUGCCUCCAAGCCGUCCCAAGAUCUCAAGAAGCAGCUCCGAGUCAGUUUUGUUGGAGAAGAAGGCAUUGACGAAGGAGGAGUGCAGAAAGAGUUCUUUCAGCUCAUAUUCAAGGAGCUUUUCGACCCCAACUUUGGAAUGUUUACGGUCUACGAAGAUUCCAGAGUCCGAUGGUUUUCACGAGGACUGCAAAACGAUCCGAGAAAGCUGCUUGGACUCGCCAUAUACAAUGGAGUCGUUCUAGAUCUACAGUUCCCAACGCUGCUGUACAAGAAGCUACUCGGAGGCCCGAUGAACUUGAGAGAUCUCUGUGAAGUCGAUCCGGAUCUUGGAAAGGGCCUCCAGCAGCUCCUGGAGUGCUCCGACGACGUCGAGGAAGUCUACAGCCGAACAUUUCAGGUCGAAUACGAGACCAUCACAGGGGAGAUCAAGGAAUACGAACUCGUCAAAAACGGGAGCCAGCGGAGCGUAACAAACUCAAACCGACAAGAGUUUGUGGAUCUGUACGUCGACUUUUUGCUCAAUCAGUUGGUCUCUCUUCAGUUUACAUCGCUCCGAGCCGGGUUCGACACGGUCAUGUCCGGAAGCGCUAUGGAGCUGUUCCGACCAGAGGAGCUUCAGGAACUAGUUUGCGGUAGUCCGACCCUGGACUUCAACGAGCUGGAGGCUGCGACCCAAUAUGACGGAUAUGACAAAGACUCGUUAUAUAUCAGAGACUUCUGGUCAAUCGUUCACACAUUCGACGAUGAAAUGAAGAAGCGUCUCCUGUUCUUUGCGACCGGAUCAGACAGGGUUCCGAUUGGAGGCUUGGCCAAGCUGCAAUUUGUGAUUGCCAAGAACGGAGGAGACAGCGAACUGCUACCGACUUCGCACACAUGCUUCAACGUACUCCUCUUGAGCGAGUACGGCUCAAAAUCAAAGCUCCAGCGGCAGCUCGAGAAGGCUCUGGAGAACAGCCACUGUGGGUUCUUUUUGAACUGA